UCAAAGGAAGAACAGUCUGACAAACAGCAGAAGACCUGGGAUAGCAACUCUGAAAAUUUCUUCAGUCUCAGUGGUGUGGAGGAAGAAUUGGAUUUAAUAUUGGCCAUGCCAUCAACAGUAUCACCAUCAAGUCCACUUGAAAUUUCACCCAUCACAGAAAACUUGUCUGAAGAAACAUCUACUGUUCAUUCUAACCUACAGCUUCAAAAUGAUUGGCUGGAUUCUUUAUUAGAUGAGGACUGAUAUUCCGAGUUGAUAUAUUCAUUAAACACUUGGCUUUAUCGCAAGUUGUGAGAGUAAUUCCUCUCUUGUCGUUCCAACUCUUUAACAUCAACGAAAAUGAAAAUACACAAGCCGUGGCAGUAAAUUUACUUUUAUUCUUUUACAGUUGCUUAUAGCUGAAAACUAUUGUUAUUCUAAUACCAAAAGAUGAUUACGUUACGUAUCUUUUGCAAACAUAUAGUAGGAUAAACAGUAGAAUUAUAAGUUCACAUUUCCGCUCCCCUUUAUUAUGCGACUUCCUUACUUUUUCAGUAACUUAUUUGAUACUUCCAGUUUCAUACUCAGGGAAAAGUUGCUGAUGCGCAUUCUCGAUCCGCAACAAAGAUUGAAUGAAUUAUGAAUGAGUAUACCCGGCAUGUUUCUGUUGCAAUCGACUGUGCUGUGCUGUUAUGUUGCUCUUGGUAACCGCGAUCGUAACACGGAGGUUUUAUCACCAUAACGAUCAGAUUUCCGACAGACAUGAGUCGCAGGACCAGCACUACAAGAGGAGGAGAGUAAUUUGCAAUGUGCUCUUGCGAAGAGUCUGGUAACGUUUUACGUGAGUAUAAAAUCUCUGUUCUCAUUUCGGUCGCGAAAUUAAAUUGGUCCGUGCUUAUUUCAACAGCGAACAAUGUUCCACCGCUGUACACUGGAUUUCUGCAAUAUCACAAAGCAAAAUGGUUUGCCACAUCCGAGUGGAGCCGUGUUUUCGGCAUCCUUUACCAAGACAGUACUCUGGUCUGGUGGUACGAAACUCAAAUGGCCAGUCGACCAGAGGGUAUCAUUUGUCUAAAGUUAGCACCCGAGUUGAUCACUACAGGCCAGUACUCGAGGCGCUUGUUUCAAGUUCCAGCUCUACCCAGGAGCCUUUCUGGCACAGGCCUUGAAAAUAUGAUUGCGGUUGGAGAGCGUCAUCGCCGGCAACGAGUCCAUUUUUUCUUGGCAGAGUCUCAACAAGAUUUCAAUGCGUGGUGGACGGCGAUCGUGAGCACGUUACCGGUAGCUGCAGCUCCUCUCGCAACAAUGGCACAACCUUCUCAACCCAUCAUCCAGGGACCAUCUGGUUCGAAUUACCAACCUAACGUGCCGGUCGUUCAGUAUGUCACCAAUCAACAGCAGCCAAUUUCGUCCAGCAUAAAUACGACAGUGGUGGUUCGUGAUUCUGGGCCAUCGUAUGCCGGGGACGCGGUCGUCGGAAUGGCAGCCGGUGCCUUCAUGGGGGCAGCUCUGUCCAACGCAGCUCAUACUCAUACCGGCUGGGGUUACGGCGGCUACUAUAAUCAAGACAACGACAUUACGGUGGUCAACAACUACAAUCUCGAUUACUACAACGUCGAGCAAGGUGGUGGUGGUGGCUGCGUAUCGAAUAACAUUACCGACACCGACUGGAGUUACGACGACUUUUAAUUGAGACGCCGGCGCCAAUUUCGCUGGAAACGACGGACGGAGAGAUGAUGGGGAAUGACGCAGGAACUCUGUCAAUUUCAAUUUGUAAUGUACUAUAUUUCUGUCACUUUCUUUCUUACUUAUCUUAUUUUUUCUUCUUUUGGUGUGUGUUUUGGAGAGGGAGAAAUAACAUGUCACGAUCAAACAGCAGACAUUCAGUUAAUAACAGUGGCUAUAUGUUUUUUGGGAGAAAGAAACACGUAGGAUGUGAGCUAUGCUGGAUUCGUGCUGUUCUGGUAUCUGCUGCCGCAAAAGUUGGUUGUAAAGGGGGGGAAGAGACACACUGAAUGGAAAUACACACAUGGCACGAUAA